UUGCAACAUUGAACAAAGAUGGCAGCCUGUGUGUUUACCUGCGUGUGACCUAUAGACGUCCUGUUAUCGUCGAGAGGAUAUCCUAUCCCAUACCCAACACGUUGGCUCGCUUCUCUACACACAGAGACACACUCGCCAUGGUGCAGACCGGUGUGAUUGUCGCUGCCUUGCUCGCUCUGGGUGUUGGGGGCGCCCUCAACCCCGCCUCGGCCCAGCAGCAGGUCUGUGACUACCCUGGUCAAGUAGUGGGAUACUCGGAAGACGAAGUGAUGUUUUCCAGUGCAGAAGGAUACAAUCUGUGGAGCGAUGGGUACGUGCAGCCGGGAAGUGAUUUUAGAGGGAUCAGCGUCAAAGUAAAUACUUGGAAUGUUCAACACGUAGCUUGGUUCCCUGCUGACCCUUGCUUCCCUGCCACAGGAGGGAAGUGGGAGAGGAUGAGAAUGAACGUAACAAAAUACCAGAAGGCGAAUCAUGCUUUAAAAUACUGCUUUAUUCGCUUUCAUCUUAUUACCGCUUAUUGCCACAAGAUAUGUAAGCGUUAUGUCUCAUGUGAGUGGUGGUACCUUGGAAGUCUGCGUGUUGUUGUUCGUGGGCCCCCGAUUUGGAGACUGAAUAAUCCAGGAAUAACAUGUCUUGCAAGUGUGAGAGUGAGUCAGCCGCCCACUACUGCGAACAUCUGCGAGAAGCCUUCAAGUCGUUAUAUCAGCACUGCAAGGCCUCCAUUCAGGCCACCUUCAAGGACUUCCCCAUCUACAACCACCACCACAACCACGACUACAACAUCCCCAACCACGACUACAACAACCACAACCACAACCAGGACUACAACCACCCCAACCACGACAACAACUACCCCACCAACGAGUACCACCACCCCAACCACUACGGAAACGACAUCCACAACCACAACCACAGAUCCCUUCCCGUCCCCUGCGUCAUCUGCGUCUUCGUCUUCGUCGGUGGUGCUGCCAAUAGUGGUGCCGGUGGUGGCGGUGGUGAUAUUCCUGGUGAUAGUGGUGGUGGUGGUGGUGGUCUGCCGCAGGCGACGAAGACGCAGAUCAGCGGCAUCACGCAUGGGGGUCCAGUAUCAUCACCAGCUUGACCCACCCACACCCACACAAGACUAUGUCAUCGAGAACAACCUGUAUGAACCACUCGGAGGCCUCGUAAACCCCACUGGACCCAGGGAAGACCAGCAACAAGUAUACGUCGUGGAG